GGCGCGGUGACGCGAGCGGAAGUGGCGGGUGCGGGCGGCGCGGCGGGGCCGGGCGGGCGCGAUGGACGAGACGAGCCCGCUGGUGUCGCCGGAGCGGGCGCAGGCCCCCGACUACGGGCUGCCGGGGGGCGCCGUGCGCGCCCUCCCGCCCGCCGCGCCCCCGCCGCCGCCGCCGCCUUCCCCUCCCGGCUCCCCCGGCGGCCGCGACCGCGAGCGGCAGCCGCUGCUGGAACGCGGGGCGCGGGGCCCGGCGGCGGCGCAGGCCCAGGCGCAGGCCCAGGCGGCGGCCCAGGCCCAGGCCCAAGCGGCGGCGGCGGCGCAGCGAGAGCGGAACGACUUCCCCGAGGACCCCGAGUUCGCCGAGGUGGUGCGGCGGGCCGAGCUGGCCAGCGAGCGCGGCAUCUUCCCCGAGCGCAUCUCGCAGGGCUCCAGCGGCAGCUACUUCGUCAAGGACCCGCAGGGGAAAAUCAUUGGUGUCUUCAAACCCAAAAAUGAGGAACCCUACGGGCAGCUGAACCCCAAGUGGACCAAGUGGCUGCAGAAGUUGUGCUGCCCAUGCUGCUUUGGGAGAGACUGCCUUGUCCUCAACCAGGGCUACCUGUCAGAGGCGGGCGCCAGCCUGGUGGACCAGAAACUGGAACUCAACAUUGUUCCCCGCACAAAGGUGGUGUAUCUGGCCAGUGAAACCUUUAACUACAGUGCCAUCGACAGGGUGAAGUCCCGAGGAAAGAGGCUGGCCCUGGAGAAGGUGCCGAAAGUCGGCCAGCGCUUCAACCGCAUUGGUUUGCCACCCAAGGUGGGCUCCUUCCAGCUCUUCGUGGAAGGCUACAAGGAUGCUGACUACUGGCUGCGACGCUUUGAAGCUGAGCCGCUCCCAGAGAACACCAACCGGCAGCUGCUGCUGCAGUUUGAGCGGCUGGUGGUGCUCGACUACAUCAUCAGGAACACAGAUCGGGGCAAUGACAACUGGCUCAUCAAGUAUGACUGUCCCCUGGACAGCGCGGGCGUGCGGGACAGCGACUGGGUGGUUGUGAAGGAGCCCAUCAUCAAGCUGGCUGCUAUAGACAACGGUUUGGCCUUUCCCUUGAAACACCCAGACUCCUGGAGAGCAUAUCCAUUCUACUGGGCCUGGCUGCCCCAGGCCAAAAUCCCCUUUUCACAGGAGAUCAAGGACCUGAUUCUUCCCAAGAUCUCAGACCCCAACUUUGUCAAGGACCUGGAGGAAGAUCUGUAUGAGCUCUUCAAGAAAGACCCUGGCUUUGAUCGAGGACAGUUUCACAAGCAGAUUGCUGUCAUGAGAGGCCAGAUCCUGAACCUGACUCAGGCGCUAAAAGAUGGGAAGAGCCCCUUGCACCUGGUUCAGAUGCCGCCUGUGAUUGUGGAAACGGCGCGUUCCCACCAGCGCACCACCAGCGAGUCCUACACGCAGAGCUUCCAGAGCCGGAAGCCUUUCUUCUCAUGGUGGUAGCUGUGGGAGCUGCAGGCAGGGCUUGGCUGCCUCGGACUAGCACUGUGAGGGAAGCCAGGCCACUGCCAGCUCCUGUGGCUGGGACUUGACUUUCUGGGUAGAGCGAGCAGGUGUGGCUGAAGGACCCUGCAGCUGAACUGGAGGAGCCAGGCACGUUGGGUAUGGUCCCCUCCCCAGCUCUAUUGAAGCUCAGUGCCCUGCCUGGGGCAGAGCCCAGGGGGAGGUGUGGGAAUCUGCCAGGAGCCCGUGAUGUGGCUGGCACCCUGCCCCUGCCUCCCUUCCUUGGCCUGCAUGUGGUUCUGAGCACCCCUGCUCGGGGCUGGGAUGAGCAGGCUGCCCAGUCCAGAAUCCGUCCAGCCCUUUACACCAGCUACUGGCCCUUUUCUUCCCUGCUGUGCCAGCUGCCAGGCUGGGAAGGCCUGUAGCAGGUUAUACCCCCUGCCUUUCCCCAAGGGUUUAACAUACUUCUCCACUGUCCCUCCUCUGCCCCAACCCCGUGCACGCUGCUUUCCUCAGGGGGAGUUCCUGCUGCCCGCUGGUGCAGCAGGGACCGCAAUGAACGGCUGUUCUCUGGCUGGGGGCUUGAGGAGGGGACAUAUGAGGGACAACUCACAGGGCUGGCUUGGGUGCAGUUAGACACUAAGGGGAAAGAGGUGUGGGCUUGUCCUUGUGAAGAGCAGGCAGCUCUGGGAGGGGCCUCAGCCUAGAGACCCCCAGAGCUGGAGAGGGCCACAGGUUUGUGCAAGCACCCCACCGCCCUCUGCUGCUCCAGUCCAUUUCUCCUGCCAUGUCUCCAUGGCUGCUCUCGCUUGGCUUUUGCCCCUGCUCCCAGCCAGCUCCCUGGCUGCUGUGCAGCCAGCAUGGUGCCAGCCCCGCCUGUGCCUCGGGCCCCUCGAGGGGCAGGGGAAGGGCUGGAGAGGCCCUUCUGCUGCAUGGGUGGGAGGUGUGAUGGGAGCAUGGGGGUGCCAGCAUGGGCUCCUGGCUGCCCCGGUGCUGACAAUCUCGCAGGCCUGGCAGUGGGGUGGAAGGGGUAAGGCAGUGAGCCCCUGUUGCCCCAGUAGCUGCUGAGCUUGUGUUGUCUAAAACAGUUCCAGGACUGCUGCCUGCAUCUGCUUGCCUUGAGCUGCAGCUUCUCCUGUUGCUGGGGGAGGCUGGUGUUGGAUCUAGCUGUCCUGUUAGCCCAUCUUUGGGGGGCCUGGGGAAUGCAGGUGGGUUGGGGCUCUGCUGCAGAGAAGCUCCUUCAUCUCCUGCUGUGGCGAGGGGGCUCAGCACUGGCUGUGCAAGCACAGGGUGGGCAGCAGUGAGACCCCAGCUCCCUCGCCAGGCCCAGCUGCAACUUUGACUGACCCAAAAUGUAUUGUUCUAAUGCACUGUAGAAAUGUAUGUAAUGUAUUUAAACCAUGCAACUGUCUGAAUAACAGAGCUGCCAUUCA